GUCAAAAAUUGACAUGUAAUAAAAUUAAACAAAACAAAAAUUCUAGUAAAAGCAGCUAAAAAUAUUCUAAAUUUCCGAGUAAGCAUGACGUAAUCUUUUGUAUAGUACCACAUUAUGAAUUACCUGAAAGUGACGAAGUGUUGGGCCCUUUUAUCCAACGUUACCCACUUAAAUGCCAAGAGUCAAUUAAGGUUCUACAGAAGACACUCGCUUUGUGACCUCUGCCUUUAUCCACAAGAUAAAAAACCUUGCUUUGAUAUCCGCAAUAUCACAAUAGAACGGGGCAACAAAUGCCACAUCAAGCAAAUCCGAUCAUUCCUGUACCAGCACUACUGGACUCGAGAGCCCAGCAUCGUUGGACUAUGGAUGUGCCUGAACUGUCCUUACUUGGAAGUACUCACUGAUAAAUAUUCUAGUUCAGGUGAUCGCUUGCUGGCCUUCGAGUGUUUAGCAAGAACGAACGAGAAGAAGCUAGUAGGAGUUAGUGUCGCUAACCAGGUAUUCCCGUGGGCUGCUGACGAGCUCGAGGAGUGGGCACAUUACACCGCCUCCAGACCUGAAAGACACCGCAUGUACUUCUGUGCACACUGCUACAGGAGUCCUAACUUAUUCAAGAAGUACGAUGUCAACUAUAUAUACGAUAUCGAAGUUCUUGGCACAGCUGCUGAGGUGACUGGCCAGGGUGUGGGGACAUUGCUGCUGAGAACUGCUCUCGAACACGCCAACGAGCUGCGCCAUCCACUUGUUCAAGUUGUAUCUUUAAGUCGUUACACAUCGAAAAUCUGCGAGAAGUGCGGCAUGAAACGUGAAUGGUCUAUGGACUAUACAGAGUUCGUGGAUGAUGCUGGUCAGCGGGUGUUCUUCCCUCGCCGUCCGCACCACACUGUGUCCGUCUAUGUCAAACACUUCGACCCCAAGAUUGGUGGUGUGCUGCCUUGCAAGCCACCAUUUUAGAUUACCUAAUAAGUUCUUUUGUUUCUAUAUUUGAUUGUGUAAUGAUUCUGAAGCUCAAUAAUAAAAAUAUCUUUAUUCAUGUAGGUCUAUUA